AUGUCGAAAUCAGAGGCAGAUUUGCAAACAAGUAUCAGAAAGGCAUGUUCUACUGAUGAAACUGCCCCAAAGAGAAAACAUGUUAGAGCUUGUAUUGUUUACACUUGGGACCAUAAGUCGGCCAAAGCAUUCUGGAAUUCAAUCAAAAUUCAGCCAAUUCAAAGUGAUGAAGUUCAAUUGUUCAAGGCAUUAAUCACUAUACAUAAAGUGCUACAAGAAGGACAUCCUUCUGCUUUGAAAGAUGGUAUCAGGAAUACCGAUUGGAUUGAAAGUUUGGGGAGAUCUAUUCAUGGUGAUGGAUUUAAAGGCUAUGGUAGACUGAUUAAAGAAUACACCUUGUACUUGCUGAGAAAACUACAUUUCCACAGAAACCAUAGAGGUUUCAAUGGUACUUUUGAAUAUGAAGAAUAUGUUUCAUUGGUCACUGUUCAAAAUCCUGAUGAAGGUUAUGAAGCUAUUUUAGAUUUGAUGGCUUUACAAGAUGCUUUAGAUGAUUUCCAAAGAUUGAUCUUUGCUAGUAUUUCUCAUGACAGAAAAUCUGAAUGUAAAAUAUCUGCCCUGGUGCCAUUAGUUGCUGAAUCAUAUGGUAUUUACAAAUUUAUCACUUCAAUGCUUAGAGCUAUUUAUCGCUCAACUGGUUCUGAUGAUGCUUUACAACCUCUAAGAGAGCGUUAUGAUUCUCAACAUUCAAGAUUGUUUGAGUUCUAUGCUGAUUGUUCUUCAAUCCGUUAUUUGACCUCAUUGAUCACAAUUCCUAGAUUACCUGAAUCUCCACCAAAUUUGUUUGUUGAAGAUGACGAUACUGAUGACAGACCUGUUUCAAGACAGGCUUCACAACCAACCACCAGUGCUCCUUCUCCGGAACCAAUUUCAGCCCAACCAACAACAGGCCAAUUUCAACAACCAAUCCCAACACAACCAACUGGUGUUGAUUUUUGGACUAAUCAACAGUCAAACUAUGAAGCUGAACAACAAAGAUUGGCCAGAGAACAACAGCAACAAGCUUUACAGCAACAACAAUAUGCUGAGCAACAACGUCAAUUAUUUGAACAACAACAGCAGCAACAAGCUGAGCAACAAAGAGCUGCACAAGAACAACUUUAUCGUGAACAAUUACAAAGUCAAGCCCAAGGUAGAGUUGCUGAAUUGGAACGUGAUUUAUUGGCUCUUAGAGGUCAAUAUGAACGUGAUCAAUUGCUCUUAAGCCAAUAUGAUCAAAGAGUCCAAGCUCUCGAAACUGAAAUUGCAAACACUACUCAAUCAGCCACUCAGCAAUUGGCUUCAAAAGAUGAGUUGACUAAUAGUUUACAAGAACAAAUGGGAAUCUGGAAAAGCAAAUAUGAAUCUUUAGCAAAAUUGUAUUCACAAUUGAGACAAGAGCAUUUGAAUUUGUUGAAUAAAUUCAAAAAACUACAACAAAAAGCAGCAUCUGCUCAAGAAGCUAUUGAUCGUCGUGAAAAAUUAGAAAAAGAUUUGAAAGCUAAAAAUGUUGAACUAGCAGGUUUAAUCAGAGAACGUGAUAGAGCAAGAUUAGAUUUGGAAAAGAUCAAAGGUGGUAAAGAUAGUGAAAUUGAUAAGUUGGAAUUACAAGUUAGAGAUUUAACUUUGAAAUUAGAUGAUUCUGAGAGAAGCCAAUCUUCCAACUUAUCUUCAAUUUUUGCUCAACAUAAAAAGGAGAUUGAAUCAUUAAAAUCACAAUUAGAGCAACAAUCUCGUUCUUUUAAUCCAGAUCUAGAAAGACAACUAAGAGAAAAAGAUGAAGAGUUAGAAAUCGUUCAACAAACAAUGGAUGAUGCAUUACAAGAAUUGGCAAGAGUUCAACAAGAAAAUGAUACCGCAAUUGAUGAGCAAAUCGAUGAAGUUUUAAGUGACCAUUUGAACAAAUUGGUUUCAUUAGUCGAUGCUAUUCUACAAAGUGGUAUUAAAAGAAUUCAAGACUCUGUUUAUGAAUUAGAUUCACCAAUGCAAGCAGGUAAUCAAAACUCUUCACCAGAAUAUCUAUUAUCUGUUAUUGAAAAAGCUUCAUCAUCUGCUACUGAUUUUGCCAACUCAUUCAAUGAUUUUAUCGCUGAUGGUCCAAACGGUGAUCAUUCAGAAAUUAUUAAAUCUAUCAAUGACUUCUCUUCAGCUAUUUCUGAUGUCUUAUUGAAUGCUAAAGGUAUCGUAAGAUUGGUUAAAACUGAUGCAGAAGCUGAUAAAAUUGUUAUUUCAUCAAGAGAUACUGCUCAAGAGUCUGAAAGUUUCUUCAAAUCAUUGUUAUCUACAAAUUUGAAAGGUACCGAAGAAGAGAAAACUGAAACUGUCAUUACAGGUAAUUUGAAUGUUCAAGAAAAAUUGCAAUACUUGAUCAAUUUAGCUGAAGGUUUAGCCCCAAGAUCAGUCAUCACCCAUACUGCUGGUGAUUUAGGUGAAGUUGUUGAUAAUGAGUUGAACUCUGCUGCAAAUGCUAUUGCUUCUGCCUCUUCUCAUUUGAGCUCAUUAUUGAACAAACCUCAAGAUCCUUCAUUGUCCCAAAUUGAUUUUGAGAUUAAUAAGGCUAUCCUAUCAGCUGCUAUUGCUGUUACAAAUGCUAUUGCUCUAUUGAUCAAAGCUGCUAUUGCAACACAAGAUGAAAUUGUUUCACAAAAUAAAGGUUCUCAAACUCGUGCUCAAUACUACAAGAAACAUAAUAGAUGGACUGAAGGUCUAAUUUCAGCUGCUAAAGCAGUUGCAGGAUCCACUAAAAUUUUGAUUGAAACUGCUGAUGGUGUUUUGAGCAGCAAAAACUCUCAUGAACAAUUGAUUGUUGCUUCAAAUGAAGUUGCAGCAUCGACUGCGCAAUUAGUUGCAGCUUCAAGAGUUAAGGCAACGUUUAUGUCCAAAACUCAAGAUCAAUUGGAAGUUGCAAGUAAAACAGUUACAUCUGCUUGUAGAGAGUUGGUUAACCAAGUUCAAGAUAUUUUAUCCAAGAGAACAAAUGGUAGUGCAGAUGAAGUUGAUUAUUCAAAAUUAUCAAAUCAUGAAAAUAAAACUGUGGAAAUGGAACAACAAGUUGAAAUCUUGAAAUUAGAAAAUGCUUUAGGCGCAGCUAGAAAAAGAUUGGGUGAGAUUAGAAAAUACAGCUACAGAGAUGGUGAUAGUGAUGAAGAAUGA